AUGAGCAAAAAUGAGCACUUGAAAAUAACAAUUUCGUUUAUAUUAUUUCUAAUAACUUCGACGUUUGCUCAACAAUUUUUGAAUCCAAAAUGUGAUGAGAAAGUUCUUGAAACUGGUUUACCCAAAAACUCGACACUUUUUCUAUUUAUGGUUGGAUUUGGUGAUAAAAAUGUGAGUUUUUAGAGAUUUUUUGAUGGGAAAAUGUGUGGAAAAUGAAUGAAUGAUUUCAGAUAGAGGAAGUAUUUUAUGUUUUGAAACAAACAACUUGUUGGCUACCCAAAAAUGAAACAAUUAAAGCGACUGUUUUGCUUCAGGGAAGCAGGGGAAUUAUAAUUGAAGAUUUCAAAAAUUUCGAUGUUGUUCGUGGAAAAAUGAAAAGCGAGGCUAUAUCAGCUACAAAUUCUGUUGUAAAUGAAAAACCGUUUACCCCAAGAUGUUCUGAAUUUUUAAAAGAUCUCAAAGUUAUCAAGGAUUUAUCCACUUCGACGCUCAAAGAAUUCUCCCAAAUCUUCCUGAUUGCACAUCAAUCAACUUUCGCCGAUCAAUGUGAUUAUUAUGCAAAGUUCAAAGAUGCUAAACUCAACAAUUCUACAUUCAAAUUCGCAAUGAUCCGCUUCGAUGACACAACAUCUGAUGAAUAUCCUACAUUGAACAUCAAGCCUGCCCAAAUUAAAGUUGCCGAUGCUCAAGCUUCCCCCGAUCUUCGAACAUCAUCCGGCAAUUUGUAAGUGAAACAUCUCGGUCUUCCCUAGAAAAAUCUAUAUUUUUCAGCAUCAACGGACUUGUGACAACUAAAAAUGCAGAUAGUGAAGCAGUUGAACUUUCUAUUUGGGAAAUUAUUGGAAUCAUUUGUGGAGGUGUUGUUAUUGUUGUAGUUUUGGUGAGCGGAAUUGUUGCUUUUGUUGUUUGGAAGAAGAAAAAGAAGGGCAAGAAAUCGAAAAAACCGGAUCCGGAAGGUAGUAACGAGAAAACAAAAUUGUCUACAUUGUCAACAUCGCCAAUACCUGCGAAAAAUACAUUGAUUUCGCCAAUUGAAAAAAAAUCCAAAAACAGCAAGGAAGAGAAGAAAGAGGAAAAAAAAGAAGAGAAGAAAGAGGAAAAGAAAGAGGAAAAAAAAGAAGAGAAGAAAGAGGAAAAGAAAGAGGAAAAAAAAGAAGAGAAACCAGAGGAGAAAAAAGUGGAGGAUAUGAAGGAUGAAAACAAAACUUGUAAAACUUCACUUAAAGACAGAAAGGGUUAUAAUGCGUCCUUAAUUAAAUUUCAAGAAGACGCUUUCGAUCAAUUUUCGGACCUAACACAAAAUGCCACCACACAAGGACCAUCCACGAAAAAAUGA